ACAGAAUUUUAUUCAUCGUUACAUGUUCUUUAUGUACCUGUAUUGUUCUCUGUUCAACAGGAUAGUAUUCAGAAGAUCUUGUUGUCCCUUACAUUUCGCAUUGCUGAAACUCACCUUAUCCACGAGAAGAGAAGAAUCUUGUCCAUGUACAGGCUUUUUGUUCUGCUCCUCCUGAAAGACUUGCCAAGUGGAUUAGGGGACACAUGGGCCUUCUUUAUCCGAGAUGUGAUUUAUUCUCUGCUAAGAAUUAUCAGUGAUGAAACACAAUCCAAGAAACAGCCCAGGCAACAGCAAGUUAACCUUGUAGUGGAUGAUGACUUAUUCUUACCGUGUUGCAAUCUGAUUUACUAUGUUUGUAAAGCAGCUGUGGAGUGUUGUAGCCAGGAAUUUGGGAGCCACCUUCCUGUCAUCACAAGCACCUUAACUCCAUAUGCCUUAGGGGAUGAUGAACGAGCUGAAAAGGUACUAUUGANUUCUGUCUAA